AUGGAGAGCUCCAAUCUUGUGAUACCUGGCAUGGACUUUGGCCACCGCUACGCAAAUCGCCUCAGUAGAGGCCAUCACAAAACAAUGUAUAGCGCUCCAAAGAAAUUCGCUCACUCCGUGCUUUGCGCAAUGGUCGUUGCCUACGAAUCUACAAAACCUUCCAAGGCAAUGGCAUCUGCUAUUGCCAUCUUCAAUGAUAACGCAGAAGACAUGCUCUACAGCAUGAAUGCCGACCCGCAAGAUCGCGCCAAAAUUUGCGAGAGUUUUAGAAAGAAAAUCCCGUUGCUCACAUAUUUCCUUGACGAGAACAACGAACACCCUGGCAUGCGAAGCGAGCAAGGUGUCGUUCUUCUCGAAAAGAAAACCAAUCGCGUCCUACCCAUUCGAGAGAACAUCCCCAAGUUGGUUGAGCCGUACAAGCCUUGGAUCCGAGAGCAGCUUGCAAGCAAGAAGAAGCCAGAGAGCCUCGCAACCCAGAAGGGAGUAGAAAGCCUACGUGCACUAGGUAUGUACGGUGCACGUAGGCUUCUACAGCCGUGUAGGAAUCCUACGUGCAUUACGCAUGUAUCUCUCUACACGUUUGCACGUACUGACGUCAUGCGCGCGGGGUGCACGCGUACAGGGGAACACCCACACCCAGGUUUAAGAUAA